CACUUCCCAAUUUACGCCGAGUUGCUCACUACACACCUACUAUCUUACACCUCCACACACUUUAACCAUGAGCUCUACAGCCGUCGAAUUCGGACUCAUCAACACCUUCCGUACACACAACGUGUUGAUCGACACGCUGCUGUGUAUGCUCGUACCGCUUCUCAUACAGAAGAUCGUGGCCUACGUGCAACAGUCGCCCCAGUCCCUUCUCUCCAUGCUUCGGAACUUCCUCAUCCCUCAGAAGGACGAGCGCCGAGUCUCACGUGUCAUUGAGGUCAAACAGCGCUUCAAUCGCUGGGGUAAAGUCUGGGACUAUGAACAAAAGAAUCAUCUGCUACAGAAGGCCAUCUCCAUCUACCUCGCCGAUGUCCUCGAUCUCAAGAGCAAAAACGCGCAGUAUGAACUGCUCGAGAAGACCAAAAAGAGUAAGAAGACCACCAAGGCACUGCUCGACGCUGCAGUCAGUGAAUCCAACUGCUCCACGACAGGUUCCGAGUCUUCGGACGGUGAUGAUGAUGAUGAUGAUGAUGACGAGUAUUACGGCGAAGUGAACCGCCUCAACGUCGAGGCGCUUCCCCCGCUUAACGAGUGGAUCGAGAUCGAAUCCGGUGUCUACUUCAAGCACGAGACCGUCGCACCUGGCAACACAGGUGAGAAGAAAGUCACCAUCAAGGAGUCGACCGUGAACUUCCGCUUCAAGUCUUCACUGCCCGACGCGUCCAAACGCAUUGACGCCAUCACCGAUCGCGCCUUCAAGAACUACCAGGCUAUCGAGCGUCGUAAGCACGUGGAAGACAAGUCCCGCUACUUUUACAUCCAGGCUGACACUGCGACUGCCAACACCGGUGACGACAACAAUAACAAUGCUACACCCGUGGUCGCCUACAAGCGAUACGCUCUGGGCGAGGAGAAAACCUUCGAGAACCUAUUUUUCGAGGAAAAGGAGCAGGUGCUGCAACUGCUGGACAACUUCGAGAACCGUUCGGGCAAGUUCGCUGUCAAGGGGUUCCCCUACAAGCUUGGCCUUCUAUUGCAUGGACCCCCCGGCACCGGCAAAACGAGUCUCAUCAAGGCCAUUGCACAGUACACUAAGCGCCACGUGGUGACCAUUUCGCUCGGCAAGAUCAAGACCAACCAGCAGCUGCUGGACGCACUCUUCGACAUGAAGUUUGCCGUGCAGGGCUUGGACUCACCCAUCGAAAUGGACUUUGAGGACGUCGUCUUCGUCAUGGAGGAUAUCGACUGCGCGUCGUCUAUUGUCAAUGCACGUGCAGAUGAGGCGAGUGACUUCUCUUCCAAACCUGAAGACACAAGUGAUAAACCGGUGCAGUCCGAAGACGACAAGCUGGUGACCAGUAUGAUCAAGGCGUGUCUAGAGGACGAGAAGAAGUACAACAUGCGCAACGACAAGCUCAACCUGUCGGGGCUACUGAACGUGCUGGACGGGGUCAUCGACUGUCCUGGACGCAUCAUAAUCAUGACAACGAACCACCCGGAGAAGCUCGACCCUGCACUUGUACGUCCGGGUCGCGUGAACAAGAAGCUGCUGCUGAGCUACAUGGGCUGCACACACAUCCAGCAGAUGGUCGAGUACUACUGCGUGGCUAAGCUGGACGAGUCCCAGGUGCGACGACUAUCCGAAGCCUUCGAUAUGUCGUCACAGGCAUUUACACCCGCCGAGAUCGAGGAGCUCUGUGCAGAGCAUGACGACGUGGAUGCCGUACUGGGAGGCUUCGAGAAGCUCGCUGCAAAGCACUGAAACAGAGGACUCUUUCAACGUAUCAUACUACUCUAGAGUCUAGACUAGACUGCAUUCCAUCAAAGUAAGUGAUUCUUUUCAUUUAACGUUACCGAUUUCCAUGUUGUACACAUGCAUGCAUGUCACCCGCUCAACAGUAAUGU